UUCAAACACCCGCCUUUUGAAAGUCCAAGUCAAAAGCCAUAUCCUAGCAAAGUUGCAUAACCAUCACAAAACCUUGCCUGUCAAGUUCAUCAGAACACUCUCAUCAAAGACACUCUGACAAAGUGUUUGAUACAAGCCUGACACAACAUCAGCAGUUUCAUUAAGAGGAAAAUGGAUGUUGGUUACCAUAAAUCUUUUGAAAGUUCGUUUGAGUCAGCUGACACAGCAGGGAAAGUCAUCACUUGCAAAGCUGCGAUAGCAUGGGGUCCUGAACGGCCUCUUGUCAUCGAAGAAGUUCUAGUCGCUCCCCCUCAAAAGAUGGAGGUCAGGGUCAAGAUUCUCUUCACUUCAAUCUGUCAGACGGAUCUCAGUGCUUGGAAAGGCGAGAAUGAAGCUCAGAGAGCAUAUCCUCGGAUUCUUGGCCAUGAAGCAGCAGGGAUUGUUGAGAGCGUUGGUGAAGGUGUUGAAGAUAUGAAAAAAGGUGACAAAGUCAUUCCAUUCUUCCAAGGACAGUGUGGCAACUGCAUCUGCUGCAAAAAUGAGAAAACUAAUCUCUGCCAGAAGUUUGGAGUGAACCCAUUAAGGAGCGUGAUGAUAAAUGAUGGCAAGACAAGGUUUUCAACCAAGGAUGGGAAUCCCAUAUUUCAUUUUCUCAACACCUCAACUUUCAGCCAGUACACUGUUCUUGAUUCAGCCUGUGUUGUCAAGAUUGACUCUGAGGCCCCCCUUGAGAAAAUGAGCCUCUUAAGCUGCGGUGUCUCCACUGGAGUUGGAGCUGCUUGGAAUGUAGCCAAUGUACAACCUGGUUCAAGCGUGGCAAUAUUUGGUUUGGGUGCCGUGGGACUCGCUGUAGCUGAAGGAGCAAGAGUAAGAGGAGCAUCAAAAAUAAUUGGUGUUGAUAUCAACUCAAGCAAAUUUGCCAAAGGUAAAGCCGUCGGAAUAACAGAAUUCAUAAACCCAAAGGAUCUAGAAGUGCCAGUGCAUGAGAAAAUCGGGGCUAUGAUAGAUGGAGGUGUAGAUUACAGCUUUGAGUGUGCUGGAAAGCUUGAAGUUCUUCGUGAGGCAUUUUUGUCUACCCAUACGGGGUGGGGACUGACUGUACUAUUGGGGAUUCACCCAUGCCCGAUGUUGCUACCUCUCCAUCCAAUGGAGUUAUUUAACGGGCGUCAGAUCAUAGGAUCGAUCUUCGGAGGCUUCAAAGGCAAAACACAACUACCAAAGUUUGCCAAACAAUGCAUGUGUGGGACCCUGAACUUAGACGAGUUUAUCACCCAUGAGCUUCCUUUCGAGAAGAUAAAUGAAGCCUUUCAACUGCUAGCUGCCGGUAAAUCGCUUAGAUGCCUUCUGCACCUCUGAGCUUUUU